UGCCGCUUGGUCCAGCUAUCGUGCUCGGGAUUCAGUUUUCCGAGGUCGCGCUCUUUCUCUGGCCGGCGGAGCGGUGCGUUGGCAGAGAACCGGAUUCCCGAGUUCGGGCUGUUCUCUCCUUCUUGGGACACACUUUGCUGAACCAGGUCGGCAGCGGCUAUGUCCGCUCUGCGAUCUCUUCUGCUUCUGCUGCUGUCUCUGUGUCCCGGUCCUGGUCCUGGACUUGGGAGCGAGGCAAAGGUCACCCGGAGUUGCAUUGAGACCCGGCAGGUGCUGGGGGCCCGGGGAUAUAGCUUAAGCCUACUCCCUCCCGCCCUGAUUUCAGGUGAACACCUCCGGAUCUGCCCCCAGGAGUACACCUGCUGUUCCAGUGAGAUAGAGCAGAGGCUGACUUGGGACACUGAGGCCACCUUCCGAGGCCUGGUGGAAGAGAACGGCUCAUUCCUGGUUCACACACUGGCCUCCCGGCACAGAAAAUUUGAUGAGAUUUUUCGGGAGAUGCUCUUGUCAUCUGAGCACUCUCUGGCCCUGCUCUUCCAUCGCUCCUUCGGCCACCUGUAUUCUCAGCACGCCCCCGUAUUCAGUGGCCUGUUCUCUCGGCUGCGGGACUACUAUGAGAGGUCCGGUGAGGGGUUAGAUGACGCUUUGGUGGAUUUCUGGGCACAGCUCCUGGAGAGAUUGUUCCCCCUGCUGCAUCCACAGUACAUCUUCUCCCCUGACUACCUGUUUUGCCUCACUCGCCUCGCCUCCUCUGCUGAUGACUCUCUGAAGCCUUUUGGGGACAUACCCCGCCGCCUCUACCUGCAGAUAACCCGGGCCCUGGUGGCCGCCCGGGCCUUUAUCCAGGGUCUGGAGACCGGAAGAGAUGUGGUCAGCGAAGCACUUAAGGUGCCAAUGUCUGAAGGUUGCAAGCGGGCUGUGAUGCGUCUGACUGGCUGUCCCCUUUGUCGGGGCGUCCCCUCACUGCCACCCUGCCGGGGCUUCUGCUUCAAUGUGGCCAAUGGCUGUCUCCGAAACCAGGGACUGGAUCCUGACUGGGAGGCCUAUUUAGAUGCUCUCCUGUUACUGGCUGAGAAGCUCCAGGGUUCUUUUUCUUUUGAGCUGGCAGCCCGAUCCAUUGGGGUGAAGAUCUCCGAAGCUUUGAUGUAUCUGCAGGACAAUAGUGUGGCAGUGUCAGCCCAGGUGUUUCAACAAUGUGGGAACCCCGAACGGAUACUGGCCCGGGCCCGCCGAGCCCCACCCCCGCAGGAAGAGGUGGGCCGCUUCUGGACCCCGCCGGCUGCGGGGGCGGCGGCGGCAGCACCGGCGGGGGCGGGGGCGGAGGAGGAGAGGCCCACGACGACAGCGAGCACCAGCAUGAAUCGCCUGGUGUGGGAGCUCCGCGAGCGGCUAGGCCGGGCGAGGGGCUUCUGGGCCGGGCUGCCCACGACGGUGUGCGGGGACCCCCGCAUGGCGGCGGACAUCUCUCAGGAGGCGGCACCCUGCUGGACCGGAGCUGGGCGGGGCCGGUACUUGUCGCCCGUGGUCGGGACCUCCCCGACCGAGCAGCUCGACAACCCAGAGAUGGAGAAGGAAGACUCGGGCUCCGACCUCCAGACGCGGAGGCGGCGGCUGCAGCUCCGGGCGGCCACGACCAGGAUGAAGGUGGCCGCGCUGGGACGCGACCUGGAACUGGAAGACUGGGAUGAGGACGCCAGCGGUUCUGGAGAGGGACAGCACUAUGCAGAUGACUGGAUGGCUGGGGCAGCAGCUGUGGCACCCCCAGCCCGGCUGCCUCGCCCUCCUCGAAGGGAUGUUAGUGGGGGCAGAGGAGGAGGUGUCCUUGUCCGCCACAACCAGGGCAGGAGCAGGACUGGGGGGACAUCUGUUGGUUUUCACACCCAACCCAUUCUCAUUCUCUUCCUCUCAGCCCUGGCCCUGCUUGGACCAAGAUAACAGGGGAGGGGUGCCCUAGCAUCAGAAGGGUUCAUGGUCCAUCCCCUCCACCCCCUGCCGCUUGGCUGGAUCUGGGGAGGAAUCAAAGGGGGAUGCAGACAGAUAGAGAAAGGGACUUUUUGGGUGAAUGGCUGGGGCCCCAAAUCCAGAUUAC